AGUUUUGAGCACAAUUUCGUUUGGAAGUCUCACUGCUAAAAGAUCACUUUUAAAAUGUCGGUUUCGGAUCUGAUCGGUGCACUUGAUGCCAUUCCCAAGCUAACAGCUCCUAGUUCUGCUACGGAGCCCAGUUCGGUUUUCUUGGAUGCUCCUGAAUGGCUAACGGAGGAGUAUCUGCAGGAUGCCCUGCGAAAAUACUACAAGGAUCAGAGGCUCAGGAUCAACUGGGUUAAGGUUAAUCCUGCCUUGGGCAAAGGUGAAAACUACGGCGGAGUUCUGACACGAGUGAAGGCCCAAUUCACCAGCAGCGAUGGUACCUCCCAACUGGGUCACUACAUAGUGAAGUCCACUUUCGAGGGCAACGAAUUUGCCCAGAACACCAUGGAGCCCUAUGACAUUUUCAAUCGGGAGAUGACUAUCUACGAGCAGGUCCUGCCCAAACAGAAGUCCCUCCUCCGGGAGAUCGGGGAUGCCGAGCAGAUCUUUGCCGAAACCAUGGCCGUGGACCUUGAUAACUCAGCGCUGAUCUUCGAGGAUCUCAAUGCCCGCGGUUUUGUAAUGCCGGAUCGUUUGGUCGGAUUGGACCUUAAGCUAGCCCGAAUUGUGCUGCGAAAGUUGGCCAAGAUGCAUGCCACCUCGGCGGUCUUAAACGAGCGUGAGGAGCACAGUCUGGAGGGCUACGAUAGGGGAUUCUUCAAUCGGUACACCGAGAACUACGCACCUGCAUUCAUUGGCAUGUUCGAGGCGGCCACUCGUCGUGUGGCUCAGUGGCCAGGAUACGAGAAGUAUGCGGAGAAGAUGGAGGCUCUGGUCCCCAUCUACAUGGAACUGGGCAAGCGAAUCUUUGACAUUACUCCGGGUCAAAUUAAUGUCCUGGCCCAUGGCGAUCUGUGGACCAACAAUGUGCUGGUCAAGUACGAUAAGGAAACUGGGGAGCCAGAGGAUGUCAUUAUCAUUGACUUCCAAUACACGGCCUGGGGAUCGCCGGCCCUAGAUCUUUUCUACUUCCUGAACACCUCGCUGGAGUUUGACCUGCAUCAAAACCAUCAGGAACAACUGAUUGCCUACUAUUUCGACAUAUUCUCCAACACCUUGAGAAAGCUGCAAUACCAAGCUCCAGUUCCCAGUUUGCAUCAGUUCCACCAGCAGUUGCACACGAAGAAGUUCUAUGCUGCCCACACAUCCAUCUCAGUGUUUCCAAUCCAGCGAAAUGUGGAGACCGCCGAUGCCGAUUUCAAUGCCCUAAUGGAGAACAACCAGCGAGCCAUAAAUUUCAAGAAUGCCUGCUAUACCAACCCGAUUUCUCAGAGGAUUUUGCGUGAACUCCUGCCCGGUUUUGUGGCAGAAGGAUUGCUUGAUGUAGAUCAAUAAUGGAUCAUAUUAUUUUACACCUGUGUUAUAUAGUACACCAUAGAGCAAAUUGUACAUAGAGAAAUAUUAGACAAAUUAUAUAUAGGCUAAAUAAUGUAUUCACAACCUUAUACUAUAUCCAAAAUAUUAUCAAUAUUCGUUAUA